UUUGAUAAACCUGAUUGGAAUUUAGUACUCUUCCUUUCUUUCUGAAGGAAUAAAUUUGUAUUGUAGAUUUAUCAACCUGUUCCCAAGAGAUGAGUAAGCAACAAGCGGGCAGCAUCAAGAUUAAGCCUAAACGGCUUUCGAUUAGACGAACUCGCUCGCCGAACAGAAUGGGCUCAGAAAGAAUGCGACAUGAUGGAUAUGAACAGGAUCGCGAGAGCUCUCUGCCUUCAGAUGUUCGCUCUCGAUUGUGGUCGCUGUUUGUUCAGAUAGAAAGAGAAUUUGAAUGUAUGCAUGCUGAAAACCUUGCUUGUAAGUAAUUCAUGUUUUUCCAUACUGUGUUACUUACUUUUACUGCCGGCAAUUCUCUUUGUGGUGGUAGCAAACACGGCUGUAAAAGUUCAAUUCGGAUUUCUGACUGUUGUUUGCACGAACGUUUAUUUUUUUGUCACUGCGAACUAUUUUGAAGUUACCGGAGAAUACUUCAUUCUUGAUGUUGCCUAUCAGGUUAACUUAAUUAGUAACCCGUAAAUAAUUUGACUUACCCACACACAGUAUAUUCAAAUGCAUAUUGGUAAAGUAUAAAGCUUACUUGUAUGUGAGUCUUUUUAACAUUUCUAGUCAAUUCAUGCUAAAAUUUAGCUGAUAGUUUAGUGAAUAUAGCUUUUUAAAGUUUAUAUUCCUUUCUUGUAAACAUCGAGACCUGGCUAUUUUUAUCUUGAAAAGUUGUUGUGUAAUAAGACAACUGCUUGUUGAUUUGUUGUCCUAAACUGAUGACGUAAAUUGCCUUUGUAUGUCACAAUAUGGUAGCCAUAACAUUGUUUAACAAGUCUCUGGAGACUGCUUUCCUGUGGCCAAUUUUAUGUUACUAAUUGGCAAGCACUUGGAUUCAACAUCUCUUUAUUUGCUAAGAAUUGCAUGAUGUUAAAAAGUACAUUUAAGUGUUUUGGUGGAAUUAAUCCUGAUCUUUUGAAUCAAGUUAAAAGAGCAAAUUGGUUUUAAAUACCAAGAGGUUUGAAAAAUUCAGGGGUAAAAUCACAGUUGUGAAUGGUAAAUGAAAGUUAAAUGUGGUCCAAAUUAGUGGUAAUUUCAAAUACAAAGGGUUUGAAAAGAGUUGGAUUCAACAGUGUAGUUAACUUUUUAUUUUCCUUAAAAGGUAAAUCUUGGUUUAAUAAUAAUAAAAAUAAUAAUAAUCUUUAUUGAGAUAACUAACUUUUCAUACUAAAAAUGGUUUCUAAAAAGGAUCUCAUGAAAUUAAAAAAUAUACAAAAUACCCACAAUACUUAGUUUUACCUUGUUAUGUUUGUUGUUUUCUGAUCAGCUUAUUUCAAAAAGUUUAUGAAUAUAUUUGAAAGGUCCUUUGCGAUUUUCACAUCUCGCAUAAUGUACCUUGUUUGCCCCCACAAAAUUUUAAAUUUUUGCAUAACCCUUGUGAAUGUCUUUUCUUUUCUCCUGGAAUGACUGUAAUACCCAGAAGAAAUUAAAAACAAAGGUCACGCAAAACUUUGAGGGACAAACAAGGUACAGAAUUGUGGGAGCUGACAAAUAGUGAAUGGCUGAAUACUCCAUUUUCGAUAUAUUAAAAUUCAUACUUGGCUCCAAGGCUUGGGGGAAUAAAACAAAAGAAUUCAUUAUUGAGCCUCAAGAUGAUUUCUUUUGUUUUAUUCCCCCAAGCCUGAUGCAGCCAAGUAUGAAUGUUAAUAUAUUGGAAUUGGUCUAUUUGCUAUUGAGCUAAGAGACUUAUAUAUAGGAUAAAAUAAAUUAAUGCCUAACUUCCAAGGCCUUCUUGUUUUACUGACCGAGUGUACAGAAGGGAGGUAUUAUUUUUGCGCUCAUUUCACCAGCAUAUCAUCAUGUAUGUUACAGACUGUCAACUGUGAUUUCAGGUUAAUUUUGAUUUAACGUAUGGUAGGUUGAUUCUCAAUUUGCUUUGUUUCUUAGCCCUUAUUCAUGAAUAAUAAUAGGGCUAGGAGACAAAGGAAAGUGAAAAUUAACCUAGGUUAAAUCAAAAUUAACCUGAAAUCAAAUGUAGAUUAUCUAACUUGUGUGUGUUUAUGUCUGUUAACAGUACAAGAGAGAGUUGAAGCAUUGAAUGAAAAGUUGGAUCUUGUCCUGAGUGGAGGAGAAAAGUUUGGAGAUGGUGAAUUAUUUGCUGAGGGAGGUUCUUCAAAAACUGGAUAUAGUAAAAAGCAGUGUAAGCUACUGCAUUGUAUAAAAUUACUGUCAGUUUGCCUAUUGUGUGUCACAGAGAACACGUACAUGGCUUAGUUGAAGAGUUAAUGUUAACAUGUAACAAAAUAAGGCUAUUAUUCCAAGCACUUUUUCAGUUUUUGGUUAAAAAAGUGGCUUAUCUAGAGAUUCAACUUCUGUUUUUGGGCAAAUUGAUUUGGAAAGCUGACAUAAACAUGAUUAAUAGUACAAGACUUAGUGUGCAAACCAUAAUGGACAUUGGAGCAAGUCAUUGGUUUCAUCUAAACACAUUGGUACUUUAGGUUUUCCUGUGUAAAUGUGCACUUCACUUUCCAUAUAUCCACCGUUUUUCCUUUGGUCUUAUAUGCUAGUAGUCUUUAUGGUUGUUUGAAAACAUGUACCUUAUCAUCACUUAUUUUUGUGAGACUUAUUUUCCACGAUUUCUGUAAUUUAAAAAAAUUCAUGAAAUUAAAUUCCUGCGAAAAAAAGGUGUUGCGAAAAUUAAAGACACAAAAUUUAGAUAUAAAAACCUUAAUUAAAGUUUUCCAUCUGCUAGGAGCAUACAUGGGGAGGAGGGCUCAAAUUUCAGUUCAGCGCAUGUCCUUGUUCCUCAUCAUCUGACGCAUCGCUGAAGUUUUAAAAGAUGUUAUUUUGCCGAUUUGUUGAAUAAUUCAGCCAGUUGCUUGUUACAUUUCUAUUCCAUUAUGGUUGAAUAAAAUGCAGAAAAUUAAUGGCAUUUUAAAACACGAGCACCAGUGUACACUGUACUUGUUUCAAGAACUUUAAUUACCUUUAUUUUUUCGUCAUAAUCGUGAAAUUUAAGUCCCACAAAAUAUUUCUCUUCCAAAUUUGCUAAAUUAAAGUCAUGGUAAAAUUAGAGAUAAUUAGGUAAUAAAGAAAUUGCCAUAUGCAGCAGUAUAUUGAAAAACCUGCCGGAGCAUGUCCCUUGUGAUCAAGCAAUUUUUUCCAUACUAACCUUUUACAGGCACUCCUCACCUCACCUGUCCUCUUCGCACCUCAUGGCACAGAGUCCCUCCACUUUUCUUGGUUAGCCUUGUUAAAGUGAAUUUUCUCUCCUUCUGGUUUCUGUAAUAACAGGGUUUUCUGGGAGAGGGUUAUCAGACCUCAGCCAAACCCCCAACCUGGAGGACCAGGGGACCACACUUAGUGUGGUCUCUAUUCUUCAACCUGUUUGGCAUGGGUGGCCCUAGCAGGAGUCAAAGACUCCAGGUGACAUAGCUCUAUGGGUCAUUGAGACACACAAACCACUCCGCCACUGUAAGGUGGUGGUCUUUUUGCACUGAGCAAUCCAAAACCCAUAAAAUCCUGGUCUUUCAUAUCAGUCAUUCCAAAAUUGGCUUUCUAGCAAAUUUUCUCAUAGUCUUUCCUUCUCUGUCAUUCUUUUAAUGUUUAUCCCAGGCCACUGGGAUACACAUUAUUGUACACAACCCAUAAUACUCAUAUAACCUUAGGAUUGGUACACUUGUCUGCUGCUUUGAAAAGAGGGAUUGCCAGGCAUUUUUAUCUGUUACUCUAUGAACUUAUUGUAGUUUGUUAUAAUUUAUGUGUUGCAGCUGCAAGCCAGUUGAUGUCCCAGAAAAUAAAAACAACUUACAAAGCUUCUACUAGUAAGGUAAUAAAAUUAUAUAAUUGCAUGAAUUACUCAGUUGGAUACAUUUUAAUGUCAAAUAUGUGCAAUCUCUGCAUACAGAUGUUUUACAUGUACAUGUAUCUUGUUACACAUAAAAUAGCCCUCAUCGAGCUAACAGGCCUGUCUUUUUAACUCUUUAUUACACCUAGCCUGAUGGCAUUGCUGAAGCCCACCCAUGCCCAUCCGCCAGUGGGUCAUGCACCGCUACAGACAGCUAAUGGGAACUCAGCUCCUCUGCUUGUUAAGCUUAUAAUAAUUAUCCUUGUUAGGGGCCAGUGAUGCCCCAUCCAAUACACAUAUUCCACACCUGGUUAUUAAUUACCUCAUAGGUCUACUGCAACUGCCAGGGGAAACUAAUGUUGUGCUGUGUAGCACUGUGAUACAAAUGAGGGAACAGAUAGUGCUCUGAGCAUAAGCCGUAGCAAAGAGAAUUGGAGAAUCAACUGAGCCAAAGAAUACAAUGACUGUUUGACCUUGGUACAUGUUGCAAACUUCAACAUUACUUUCUUUGCCAUGCAUGGUUCCCUUUUUCCCUUUUUUGAAGACCCUCUGCUACUGGACUGCAAAGCUUUGGGUCAGGCUUCCAAGGCCAUCAGUGGCCCCUUUAGAAAGAUCAACUUUAUCACCCAUGACUUGCUCCCAUUUGGCUUUGUAGUUCAGUUGGCACGGGAGCAAGGGUGUCGUAGUGGUGAGAGCACUCGCCUCCCACCAAUGUGGCCCAGGUGCGAAUCCUGGCGUCGACCCCAGAUGUGGGUUGAGUUUGUUGUUGGUUCUCUCCCUUGCUCCGAGAGGUUUUUUCCGGGUACUGCGGUUUUCCCCUCUCCUUAAAAACCAACACUUCCAAAUUCCAAAUUGAACUGGAACACACAGACGUGUUUCAACGAGUUCUCAUGAACCCCUCAGUGCUCCAUGGGUAAACAAAUUACAAAAUUAGAUUUACAAUAUUUUAUUACGAUUGUUCUAAUCAGAUCAGGAUUAGUUAAGGAUUUGAUUCCUUCUGAUGUGGCUCAUGUAGGUUCCCUAAUUCCCUUCACUUAUGCUCCAUGCCAGGAUAAUUUUAUGGGUUAUUUCCAGCACUUGAAUUUUCACUCCAUAGUUGACUCUUUGUUUCACUGAAGUGAAUGUGGAGCUUAUGCAACCAUGAUGGCAACAGCAGCAAAACAUAACCUCGUAACUGAAAUUGCAUUGCUUCAAAUUUCAUCAUGAUUAUGCCAUUUGUUAGAUGUAGGCAAAUGUUCCUGGAGUUGAAUUGUUAUGGAUAGCAUCUGAGACAAGUUCCAAAAGAUAAUAAAAAAUAAUAAUAUUGUUGUUUUGUGUGUUAAUGCCCUCCAUAAAACAUGAAAUUUGUAGUCAUGGGUGAUGGCCAAGAAAUGUACCAGAAAGGAUGAGUGUGCAUGUACAGAGAGGCUGUUUUGUUUAUUAAAACAUUUGUUAGCAUUAUUUUUUGUUUCUGUCAACAUUCUGGCUGUGUACAGUAAGUUCCCUCAUAUUACUGGACAUAAAUCUCACAGAAGAUUACUGACGUUUUGAUACCACUUGGUUCUGAAAAAUAAUAAUUACCUGAUUAUGAUUAUGAUAAGGAAAACAGUUAAAUGUUUUGUGACACUUUUCUAGAUUGUUUCAAGUUUCAAGAAUCCCAACCAAGCAACCAUGAGUGUUGAGUGUCAUAGAACAAGAAGCUUUGCAGGACAUCGAGAUGGAGUGUGGGAGGUGACAUGUGCAAGACAUACACCAACCAUGAUUGGAACAGCAUCUGCUGGUAGGUUCAUAUUGAACCCAUUAAGAAUAUAGAGUGUUCUCAUAUGAUGUCACAUCUGCCAUAAUAAGAAGGGCUGAGAGCAUGUAACUGUCUUGUGCUGAAUUUCUUUUCUGGCCAGAAUUGCCUGAAUCUAUUGGUGUCCCGAAACAUUGAAAUGGUGGCUGUGCAUUUUGGUGUUCCAACUUAGUCCUGUCAGAGUUGAACCUUUUUGUUGUAAUAACUUUGUGUAAAGACUUUCUUUUGUUUCAAUAAAUUUGCAUAGUUGCUGCUAAUUAUGGUUGCUGGCUUCAAGAGUGAAAAUUCUCUGUACAAUGUAACAAUUUUUGUGGAGUAGAAAAAUGUGAGAGGUUAUUUUUGUCGCUCUGCUCUUUUAUAGGCCAAAACAUUUAUUUGUGUACCAAGUUCCUCACCUUUUUUCCAGUAAUUUUUAUAAAGACCGGUUCAAAACUUAGUAAACAAGUGCAAAGGAGCAUAAAAAAAAAGAAAAGUCGAUAUGCUUAGGUAGUCAACUCAGUAAGACUUACUAGAUUCAAGGUCAAUGUUGUCGUUUGAAUGACUAGAACAUUGUGUCUGUGAGAAAUAAAAGCAUCAAAUGACGUAAGUUUUCGUACUGGCCACCUUAUUACACCAAGUUGUGCAGAAUGUUAUGUCAUAGUAAGAGAGAGUGAACUCCAUACACUGUACUAAGAGUGUAAACAGUGCAUGUGUUAUGAAAUACUGUAUACUUUCAUCAGAAUAGUUGCAUAAUAAAUUAUGAAAUAUAUAAAUAAGUAGGAGUUGGAGAAAGACAAAGAUGCCAUAAUACAAUGUAGUAAAUGGUAUAAAUUACUGAUCAUAAUUAGUUAUAAUUACUGUAACUAAUUUAUAAAGGAAAUAAAGGGAGAUGUAAUUAGAAUCAACCAUAAGAGGACACAGAAAAAAUCUGAGCCCCAGAUGGGAUUCAAACCCACGACCCUCCGUGUUCUAGAUCGGAUGCUCUAACCUCUUUGCUACUGAGGACUCGUUGGCGAGCAAGGGUCAUUUUUGUGGGUUGGACUUGCGUACCGCAUCUCGCAUUCACACAGUCCAUUACAGGCAACACAUAAGGCUUAACUGUAUCACACAAUCACAUUAAUAGUAAGAAAUGUCUCACUAAGGAGCCUCCAACCAACCAACCUAUGCCACUGAUAUUAAUUUAUAAAGGAAAUAAAGGGAGAUGUAAAGAAUCAACCAUAAGAGGACACAGAAAAAAUCUGAGCUCCAGAAUGGGUUCGAAUCCCAUCUGGGGCUCACAUUUUUUCCUUUAUAUAUUAAUAUCAGUGGCAUAUGUAACUAAUUUAACUUAUUAUACAUGUAAUUGUUAUUAAUUUGAUUUUACUGAACUAAUCCCUUCCAGUUGGGUGUCAAAUAAAAUAAUAAGGUGUAAAAUUAAUGUAAGUACAUGUGUUUUCACUUGUAGAUCGUUCAGCCAGACUCUGGGAUGUGGAAACUGGGCAGUGUCUUUUGAAGUACUUGGGUCACAGUGGAUCAGGUUAGUGGACAAAGUGGCUCUUGGACAACAAGAGAAUCUAAGACAUCAGGGCCUGGUUCCUGAAAGGCUGAUUAGCGUUAAUCCUGGAUUGUAAUUUUGUUCCGUUUUUGUAUUCUACAUUCCUAUACAUUUUGUGUUAUCAUUACUGUAUCUCAUAGUAAUGCUCAACAGUAUUUUGUAACCUCGAGUUGCAUGUUUUUACACGAGAAAACAUUGCUUGGAAAUUGGCUUAAUCCUGGGUUAAACGUAACCAUCUUUCUAGUAACCAAGCCCAGUUCCUCACUUUGUAAACAAUGGGUGCAAGCUUUUGGCUCAAUGAUAAGGCCCUCUGGAUUGCAAAACCAUGUCACUGUCAGUAUUAUACCACUGCAUUUGCACUUUUCUCUGUAGCUCUCACAUUUUCAACCCAUAUUUACAUGUCAUUUGUUGCCGUUUCUGCUGUCCUGUCCUGUAUUUUUAUUAUUUUUUUAAUUUUGGACAAUAUUUAAUCAGGGGUGCUCAGUUCAGCGAGGCUGGUUUGAAUGGGGCCCUGACGAAAAGAAAAAAGCAACACAAAAAACAAUAACAGAUAAAAAAAUUGGAACGACUAAGUUGGAUUAGAAUUCUGACGAGUGACAUGGCCUUGAAACGGAGAAAGGACCAGAUUAAAUGGCGAAAAACCACAUACUGUAUUAAAGAUGGCUUACAGUAAAUGCCAACAGGGGCAGGGUCUACUCCUCUGAAUAUACGAAACCACAGCAUAUUUGAAAUUCAGACCAGGGAUGUACAAACUGCCCACCAUAAAGAAGGCUUCAUUGUUGUAGCAAAAGCUUGAAGCCAUUUUCUCUUACACACCGUAUCUGUCUUUGUGUAUCUCUUUCCAGUUUUAUUCUUUGUAAUCCUUUUGUCACCUUUUUUUUUCAGUCAACUCCAUCAGGUUUCACCCAACAGAUUCUAUAGUUUGUACAGGUAUUAAAUGAAAGCUUCUUUACCUAUUAUAAACUCACACUCCCCAACUGUCUGGUUCAAUUGGUGGAAAGCGAGAUUACUCUUAUGAGUCGGCACUCGUGCGCUGUGGCUCGCCUACACUUUUGUUGCGCCGUGAUGAGGCUUGCAGGCGUUUUAUAUCUAACAUCAAGGAGUCCGGGUUCCUUUCACACCUGCUGCCGCAGCCCACGAAUGUCACUCAUGGGUACGGGUUGAGGUCGGGUCUUUCUCGUUCUGAAUUCCGCUUUGUCAGAACGCACCGCCUUAGUAAUUUUGUUACCCACAGUUACAAUAGGAUUUAAUUGUUUUUGCCUUCUGUGCCAUGUGUAAUUAUGUGUUCUGCGUAUUCUUGACCUCCCUUGUAAUUUAGUGUUAUACACUACCAAAAGGGUUUAACAAAGUGAUUAUUAUGAUUACUCACUACCAAAACUGCUUUUAAGCCUUUCGUUAUGGCAAUCUUGACAAGACUAACCGUUUUUAUUCCAAUUUAAGGGGCUUUAUUAUGGUUUCUUGGGAAAUUGAUGUUGUUGUUGUUGUCUUUUUAUCUAAAAUUCUGGUUUUAAUACUUGAAAAUAAGGAUGAACAGUUAAGUUUUUUAUGUAAAAUUAGAGAAAUUUAGAGGCCAAAAAAGACUUAGGUCCUCGUAUAAUUUUUCAUCAGCAAUGGCUGGCUGCAUCUAAUUAUUUUCAUGAUAUUUUUCUGUUCACUUAAAUGCAGUGAUAUUAUUUACUCUACCCAAACUUUGAAUAUGUUGUAGUUAAUUUUUUAUCUCAGGUAAUUUUUCUUUUUUUUUUUUUUCAACUUUAUCGGCAGAUAUUACCAUACUCAAAAACAAAAGAAAAAUUACCUGAGAAAAAAUUAACUACAACAUAUACAUUGUAAACUGUUUGUAACUAGAAGCCUUGUGCACUAUCCUGGUAUCCUACAAUUAUCAAGGCACUAACCUGUUAUCUCAAGAUAUCACAGUUACUCUCAAGUAGAAAGUUUCAUGCCAUUUGGACACAAACCAACAGCUGGUUUUUGCCAGCAUCCUGUAGUUUCUUGUUUCUAAAAUGUCGGAGUUUCCUCAUGAAUCACUAAAUUGCAAACUCUAAAAUGAAAAGUUAAAAUAAUACAAGGCAGUCUACACAAAAUAUAUUUGGCAGACAGUGUUGUUUAUUAUGCCUGCAAUACUUAACUAGAAUCACUUGAACAUAACGAUUUAGCUUUGAGGCUUUUCCAUUUUGUGUGAUAAAUACAUAUACUCUCAAUUUUCCCUUUUUAGGAUCAGGAGAUGGAACUUGUCAUAUCUGGAGGGCCAUCGUCUCAAAACCUGAAGAUGUAAGAGAAAGUUUCACGAACAAUCAUGUUAGACAAGUUUUAAAACACUGGUUAGGGCACACUACAAGCAAGACCUUUCUAGUAAAGUUACUUCUUUUAACUGCGGUAGGGUAGCUCAGUCGGUGGAGUGCUUGACUGUAUAGCAGGAUGUCAUGGGUUCUAUUCCCAUGCCAGACCAAUACUCAAGGGUGAAAGUACUGCCUGUUGCCCUGCAAACGUUGAUCAUGAUGCUGCUUGUAAUGAUGAUGGUGGCAGGAUAAGCUCUGUUGGUAAAGCACUUGACUGCAGAGCAGAAGGUCCCAGGCUCUAUUCCCAUGCUGAACCAAUACUCAGGGUUGAAGGUAAUUCCUGUUGCCCUGCAAACGUUGAUCAUGAUGCUGCUUAUGAUGAUGAUGAUGAUGAUGGUCUCUUACCAACCGUUUCUACCCCAUUAAGAUAAGCUCUGUUGGUAAAGCGCCUGAGUGCAGAGCAGAAGGUCCCAGGCUCUAUUCCCAUGCUGGACAAAUACUCAGGGUUGAAGGAUGAGGAAAAAAGGAAAAAUAAAUCUCCUCCUAUCAAAUCAAGUUUCACUUUCAGCUGCUUACCCUAUCCCUCACCUCCAACAGAGGUCUGCUGCAAUCAUCCUUGGGUCCUUGUUUUGCUUGCAGGAAAUUUGGCCACCAUCAAACCAAGUGUCCCCAAAGGGCAGUGUUUCAGCGUACAAGCCUCGACGAUGAAAAGCCCAGGUCUUAAGGAUUGAUCCUGGCAUGUGUGUGGAUUCAGGUAAGUGUCUUUUUGAAUGUGCUUUUUUCAGAGAUUUUGAAUGUGAGACCUUCGGGUGGCUUGGAUGACCAAGUAAAACGGCGUUCCUGUCUCCAGUAGGAGACUAAAAACAGUGUCCCCAAUCAAAAAGUAUGUUCUUGCUAAGCACUACCCAUAGCGCUCCUCUGAGCACGCUUUUGGCACUAUUGAGAGCUCCACUAUAAUGAAAUAGAUAAUCAUUCUUUGCUUGUCAUUAAUUUAAAAGUGCAAAAGUCUUUAUACUCCGGUCUCUGCAUUGCGGUGAGUCUCGGAUUUUCCCAUAGUCGUCACCCGGCUUAACUUCUUUGUUUUGCACAUUUUAAAAGCCUCUCUCAGUAACGUUGGAGCUAAAAGAAUGUACGCGUUUGAAAAUUUUAUGUUCCUAUUUUUCACAAUCCAAAAUCAGGUACCUUAUGCUCUGUAUUGUUUUAAAGUUGUUUCGUCAGAAACAAACAGAAACUCUGAAUGACGGCUUUUUUCCAUCUGACAAAUAAAUAUAACAAUUGUACAGAUGAUCUGACCAAGUUGUGUAACGAGGAACUGAAGAGCCUCUUUAAUUUUUGUUUUUUUGUGUGUUCAGACAUGCGGUGUGGUAUCUGAGCAUACAGCACGGAUGUGUACAAGGUAGACGAUAAUAACACAAGUUACGGUUACACUAAGAAGCAUUUUUGCCGUGGAAUAAGUCUUUUUACCUCAGGAAUAUGUGAGUGCUCUUUUCCAAGAUAAACGUACUCGCAUAACAGUGGACGCGUUAAAACUUUCAAAAGAAGCAGACAUUGACAGCUUGACGCCGGAUAUUGCUACUGACGUGUUUUUUCUCGGGUCUCUGGAUUAAACAACCAAUCAGAGGAGCGGCUAUGUAAUUUCCCGCUUAAAACUUCCUACACGCAGCUAGUCCUGCGUGAAACAAACUUGCAUGUAACUGCUCUGAUCUUGGUAUGUGUAAAACCGCUGAUAAAUGUGUCGCCAGAGAAUACUUUUCCCCUGGAGAGUUAAUUAAACAAAAGGUUUCCAUCAUGUAAUGUUUAACCUACAAUCAGCGACAAAAUUGUUGAGGCAUUUUGCUCAAAUAUGGUAACUAUCCACACCCAUCCCCUGUUUCCUCCAUUAAAAGUUCGGGUGUUUGUUAUUUUCUAUAGGUAACUCGAACAGUGGGACAGCAUUGGUGGAGGGGGUAGGUGCGGGAAAGCUCUAUUUCCUCUUUUUAAGUUGGCAAACAACAGAGAGGCCCUUAUUCAAGGGCAAAGUGCCUCAGCUAAUUUUGUUGCCGAUUGUAGCUAAAACGACAAAAAUGCUCUCAAGGAGAACGUUCCAGUUUUCGUAUAACUGAUAAAGUAAUUAAUGUUUUAUUUAACAGGUCUCAUAGAUGUCCUCAACACUCUGAUGAGCAAAGACAAGCUGUUAGGAUUUUGCUUUUAGGUAUACAAGCCCUUUUGUUGUAUCACUUGUCAGUAUAAAGCGUUUUUACUCACGUGGCCAGUAUCUAUGCAGUAUCUAUUUAUUGGAACAAAAGAAAGCGUUCGCAUAAGAAACUAAUUCAAUUCCCACAGCAUCGACUUGGUACACCAACAUGGCGGCCGUUUCAUUGUUUUGGAAGGCCAAUAUGGCCGCCGUGACGUCAUGUGAAAACGCCCUAUUGGUAGACAUUGGUUAAUAUCAGUAACUAAUGUUAUGUCAUAAUAAUGUCAUAAUAAUGUUAAUAUGCAGUACAUUCACACAAAACAAACCAAAGCUAAGAGCGGUAGCUCCAAAUGACCAAUAAGAUCUUGAAAUAAAUUCAAAUUCUUGUAGUCGGCACGAAACGCGGGAAAACAGGUGGGAGCCAGUCACGUGUGGUUAUAGGCUUACUCCUGAUUGGUCCAGAUAGUGAACUGGCGUGAGUUAUUUCAAACUCACUUUCCACACUCAACGAAAAUCGCUGUUAAAGCUAUUUAUUAUUCAUGGUCACCAUCCUUGCACAAUUUAUACCUUGUUGUUUCUGCUGUUUUUAUUGUUGUCUUCAGGUUAUCCAGAUGUAGAGCCUCCUGUUGGAAGAUUACGACUUGAAAGAUGACAAGUCUAAGCCAUACAGUGUACACCUCUCCCCCGGAAAUCACCGUCAUGCCAACUAGCUCCUUCUCUACUUUCAAAAUGCCGGCACGCGGAGUCCCUACUGGACAUCAGCGAUUAGCAUGAGAGCGAGUGGCCUCGGGCUACUUAGACAUUUCCCUUCAGGAGAAUUCAAGGGACAUUUUCCUUAUCAUUGCGAUCAUAAUUGCCAACAUUCUCCAGUACAAUUCAUUCUCCGCGUGCACCUUAUUCAGUUUUUAUAAAGAUUUCUUUCAGUUCUGGCCUAAAACGGUAUAUUUCAAUAAAUUUCUUAAUCAUAAGUAUAACAAAAUUCUCUUAUAUUAUUGGCUAUCACUAGCCCCGGAUUCAGCAUCAAUCAUUCGAGUGGUUAAACAAAAUCGGACGACCGCGUAUCAAUUCUGCUAUCAGCGAGCUGCAUUUUGUUAACACAUCACCUCGUUAAGCAAAAUACUAUUUCACUGCGGGUUUAACAUUUAUAUUUUACGCAAGUACAGCAUUUCAAAGACCUUUACUGCGUGUGAUGCCUAAAAAUUUCUAGAGCCCACAAUGCAAAGUUAUUUUUAUGGUGUCAUAUGAAUGACACGGGACGAUUUGCAACGUCGAUUUUUAGCGCAACACAGCGUUGCAGUGUUGGAAAAAUGUUGUAACCAUUCGAAUGUCGCAACAAUGUUGCAACGCUGUGUUGCGCUAAAAAUCAUGGUCUCGUGUAACAUCACGUUACUGGAAAAAGUCUGAGUUCUCCCACAGGAGUCGAACCUACAACUUGGUUACUGGUCCAGAUCCUCUACCACUGAGCUAUGAGAGAGAUUCGUGGGAGCAAAGGCUUUUAAAGUAAGUUCCCACUCCUUAUGCACAUCUUCCAUAUUGCACCUUGUGAACCCCAAACAUUUUGCAAAGGUUUUAAAGAGAAAUUGAGGAUAAUGCUUAUGAAAAAAAAAAAAUUUGGCGGGGAAUGGAGGGGGCAAACAGGGUGUACCAUGGAAGUUGGGCAAAUAGCGAAUUAGCUGGCGGGUUUUGUUGGAGAAUGAGUGCGCGAACGAGCGGCGAAACCGAAAGAGGGUUUAGGAAAAAAGCGCACCCGUGCGCUGUCCAACAAAAGUAGCAGCUACGCAGGCUAAGGUUUCAAUGACAAGCAUCCUGUUUUAUGUCGUUUGCAAAGUCGUUUGCUUUCAUUCCCAGGUAUUCGUGCUAUAACUUUUGCAGAAUAUAAUAUCUCAUUUUUUACUUUUCUAAUUUCAGAGGUACUUUGGAAGCUGAUGACGUAAUCGGUAAGGAAUGAGAACUUCUUUCUAUGUUGAUGCACUGUUGAACAGGUUUGUUAAUGCAAAGUAUGUUUUCUUAUCAGAUGUUGAUAGUUAUGAAGACGGUGAUGGCCAGGCGUUAAGAGAUACAUUGAACAGGUGUGACAUGGAAUUUCCGUUACAGUUUCUAAGAAAGGGUUUUGAAUAAACUGUAAAGUACAACAGGCUACAGGCCUAGGCUAAACACAGUUUAUUUGCGUUUUACAAGUAGCCACGGUCGGUCAGUUUUGCCAUGAAGGAAAUACGGUGCGCUUUACCUUUUCCCCCGUAUAAAGCAGUGGUUCCUGGGUCACCUUUUUUUUCCAAGGAAGGGAGCGAAACGUCUUCUCAAAAACGUCACAUCUUGAUGCGUAUAAGGCACCGGCUUCUGCUUCACCUUUUUUUCCGUCGAAGGCGAGGAAACGCCUUCUAAAAAACGCCACAUCUUGAUAAGUGCUGUCUUGUUUUCUACGAAUAGCCUCAAAAUGCAUUACUUCACAAAAACUGAGCCUGCGAUCGUUUCGUAGAAAACACUGCACCAUCAAAGAUGGAGCCCAAACUUACGAUUUCAUUGUAGACAAAAGCUGCUUGUUAUUCUCCAUUAUUCUAAAAGUUUUAAGUGGAUGAGAAGUAAUGAGAAAAAGGAAAGUGUAUAAAAUUAUAUAAGAAUUUUUGAAAGCAUUUUGAUGUUGAGCAAAACUUCACUCGUCCGAAGGGCGACUUUCGGAGUUAUCUUAAUCGUCCGACUGGGUAUAUGGAUCCCUGUACCCUAUAUGUUAAUUGCUAUAGUGGUAUAUUAGUAAGCCACAAUUUGAGGAUCGGUGCCGAACUGCUCUGCGAGGAGCCUGAUAGUAUGGAGCCGCGAGUUCUGCGCGAGUGACAAGUAAUGUGGAACGUACUCCCACAAUGUGAAGACGUUGAGAGACUUAGCAGGACAGAACGAUUUAUUUUUAAAGUAACAGUACACUCACAAUUGACUGGGUUUCUCACACGUUUUCUACCUUACAUUUUCAUUCUGUUCCUUCUCUCUUUUCUUCCUCAGUUUCUCCCUUUGUCCUUCUCAGGUUCUUGCUGUUACGUUCUCUGUUUUCUUUUUCCUUUUCUUUCUUUCUCUUAGCCUUUCUCCUCUUUCCGUUUAGAUACAGAUUUUCUUUUUUUUUAUACUCUAUCCAUUUUAACGUAUCUUCAAAAACUCUUUAAUAAUUCAUAAAGAAAAAACAAAAGAAAUUAAUGUUUAAUGAGUGUCUUUAUAUCUGAUAAAGACACGGCUAAAUUUUACGUCCAUGACAUCACAACUCAAUUGACCAAUCAUGUCAAUAACUAGAGUUAAAUACUACAGUUCAAGUCCCAAGAGUGAUCAAGGUCAAUUUUCCCCAAUAAUAUCAAUACGUAACGGAAAGUAAAGGUUAUAAUAAUCACUUAAAGGAAACUGCUCUGAUCUUAAAACAAAUUCUCUGGACUAAUUCUUUAAGAAACUGUAUGGAGAUCAGUCUGGAGAAUUUGUACGUGGAUAUUGGGAUAAUAGGGGUUAAUUAGCACAGAAACCUUGUGAGUUAAUUUUCAGCAUAGUGGUUUAGCUGUACCUGGACUUCAUUUGCGCUUGUGUUUUGUAGGUUAUCUUGGGAAGAAGAAUCCAAUGUAUCAACAGGAGACGACAAUUCGCCAGCGGGUAAAUGUGAGUUUUUUUUACAUACCAAGUGGCAGUAAGUUCUUUUGGUGAAAAAAUGCGUAAAAAUUGCAAAAAUUUAGUGGCACACGAUUUAAGAUUUGGUGAUUGAAAAUAGACCUUGUCACAGUUUUGUAAGCCAUCUUGACUAGUAGGCAACCACGUAAAAAAUUACAGUGUAUGAAUGAGAAUCUAAUGUCGAAUAAUUUUCGUAAAAAGGCUUUUCUGAAAAAAAAAUGCUGUGUAAACUUGAGCUACACAGCAAAGGAUUUCACUAACAAAUACUGUGCUUAAAUUUCUCCAGAUGCUUGCUUUAGAUUUUCUAUAUAUUUGUCUACAAUUCUUCCCGGGAAAUUUUAGUCGGCAGGAGGAAAAUUUUUACAGACAAAUGUAUAUAAAAUUUUAAAAACUAGUUCUAGCGCAGGUAGCUACAUGUGACGCUGUAAAACUUUUUCAGUAGAAUCCUUAGGAGUGAAGCUUUAGUUUACAAUCCAUAUUUUUCUCAGAACAGCCGUUUUACGGAAAUUAUUCGACAUUAGAUUCUAACACCAACACUGUAAUUUCUCAUGCGGUUACCUGAUCGUCAAGAUGGCUUCCAAAACCGUGACAAGGUCUAUUAGACUGUCAUGUGUUGGCGCUUUUUUGUUUUCAAACCAGAAUUCUAUCAACGUUUGUCAGUCAUCAAAAGGGCCUCGUAACCUGUUCCAGGUGUUUUGAUUUAUGGGGACGGCGCUAUAAGAUGUGAGCAGAAAAACACUAUGAGGGGGUGUGUAGGGAUUGUUUCCCGCUCUCUGACCGUCUGCACACCUAACUCCAUUCUGAAUGCCUAGCGCAGGCUACUUCCCAGGAGGCCCCACAAACUUUUGUCUCACCUUUCCAUCCCUCCCUCCCAAAAAAGCUGAAAGUCAAAAAAUCAAUUUUCGAACACAAAUCGGUUGCAGCGAAAUUUGGAUUUUUAUAUCAAGAAGCUGACUUUUUCGCGAAAAUCUAGGAAUACAUUUUGCUCAGUUUGACUUGCACAGUUUGUGAAAAGUUAAUUUUAUAGUCACUCUGUUGAAGGUGCAAACGAAUUUGGUAAGUUACAUAAAUUUUUUUCAGUGUUUGUAGUAGGGCCAAACAAAUUUCGGAGUUCUACAACUUUUCUUCAAGAUUUUGCAUGGAGCGAUCGAUCGAUUUGAAGAUUGUUUGGUAGAAUAUCCUGUUCGUGUGAUUUCUGUGGCUGUUGUUUAAAGAUGCGUAUUUAUUUUAGUCUUUUUUGUGCUAUAAAUGUAUAGAAGGACUAUAUUUUAAUUUCAGUAAACUGUAAUAAAGAGUUUUUAUCAAUUUAAGACUCCUUAUUUUUUUCAACUGUGAGUCACUGGUUCCGAACAGGGACUCGUGAUUUUUCACAAGAUGAUGGAGUCACCAUAACUAUUUGUAACAAAAUCACUGAGAGUUAUAAUGUUUUUAAUUUGACUAGUUUUUUAUUUUCUUGCUAGCGUUUGGAAGUUUGCUCUUAUAAAACAAAAGAGAAAGAAGAAGACGAAACACAAAAGACGACCAAGAUGAGAAGAGGAACUAUCGAAGGAAGUCUGAGCUUGAAGAAAAGUACGAUGAAAUUCGUCUGAUACAUGUGGAGACUGUCGUUGUCUGUUUAAGAACGUCGAAUAUACACCUGGAUGUUUAUUCUCGUGUCUGAGGAAGGAAAGACGCUUGUGUCAUAGAAGUGGAGGCUUUGACAAAUAACUUUCAUUGGAUACGCGGCGGUUUCAACUGCUAAAACCACGUUGGCACGAUAAACAGUUACGUCUUGUAUCGCUAUAUUUCCUUUCUAUUCUUCGUUCCUCUUCAAGUUUUGAAAAUAUUUAAUCUGUCACUGUAGGGAAGUCUGCGGUAGGUUUCACCUUGUGCCGACCUUGACAAUGGUUCAGUCUAGUUACCUGGGUCUAGUUAUUCUGUUU